AUGUCGUUCCUAGUUGGUGCUAUACUGUGCUUAAUAUUCGUAUUUGUACCCAUUCGGGCACAAUAUACGGUCCCAGAAGUUACGAUACAGGGAUUAAAUCCAAAAGGAAUUCGUGUAUUUUUACCAGAUAGCAGUGAUAAUUUCCCCCUUACCUCGUUCCUUUUUGAUGGCCUGCUUUACAAAGAAAAUGCGAAGACCAUUGCAAAAGAAAACCUUGUUGGACGUAUUUGGGGUUUCGGGGCGAAGCAGGCACUCGGUGGUUGGCUCUUCGAAGAUCCUUUUGUUGAAUUAAAGUUGAACCAAGUGAUACACUACCAUGUGUUUGUGUCGACGGGAUUCGGCGAUGUUGGAAGACCGAACAGCGACGGAAUUUCGAAUUUCACCUUGCCUGGUUAUUGUGUAAUGAAUCGAGUUUACGUUGUUAACUCCCUGGUGGAUCCAAAUGCUCGCGGUCCCCAAUGCGGUGAGACGGCUACGAAGGUCAGGGGUAGGGAAGUGUGCGCUGGCGAGACGAUAUUUGAAGAUAACUUUGAUACCUUUCGUGACGACAAGUGGCAAAUUGCACACUAUAUACCAAUUGAUCAUCCGGAACAUCCAUUCGUAUCUUAUCAGCGCUUACAAGUAAACCCAACGGUGACGGUUGAGAAUGGAACUCUUCGAAUAUCGCCCAAAUUGCAACAGGACCUCUUCCAGAAGCAGAAUAAGUCAAUUUUAUCAGGAACUCUGGAUCUUACCAGUGGUUGCACUGAACUAAGAACCUGUGCCAUGUCGUCCAUCGGGGUGGAUAUUGUACCACCCAUAGUCAGCGGCCGUGUCACCAGCGCGAGGUUUGCCUUCACCUAUGGAACCAUACACGUGCGAGCGAAGCUUCCUCAGGGCGAUUGGUUGUAUCCUGAAAUACUCUUGGAACCACUCUCGAAGAAGUAUGGUAGUUUGAACUACGCUUCCGGUGUCUUGAAGGUAGCGAUGGUGAGAGGAAAUACAGACGUCAAUACGGAGCGAUACAGUAAUAAUUGGCUCGUAGGUGGUCCCAUAAUUAAUUCAAGAUGUAGAAGCGCACUCGAGUUUUAUCACAAGAAGAUUGAGGGUGACAGUUUGUGGGGGGACGACUUUCACAUCUACUCACUAAAAUGGAGUCCAGAAGAAAUAGUCUUGUCUGUGGAUGGAGAAGAAUGGGGUCGGUACACACCUGGAGCAACUGGACUUAGAUCCUGGUUACCUGCUUCUUGUCGUGGUGAUUGGUUCGAAUUGCUUAAUAACGGCGGUAUUAUGGCACCUUUUGACGAUCACUUCUACAUAACACUGGGUGUCGCUGUUGGUGGUAUCGUAGAGUUUGCUGAUGGCCUAACCACAGGCGAACAAAUCCCUAAACCGUGGAGAAACAGAGGUAGAAAGGCCGGCUUCUCCUUCUGGCAGGAUAAGGAGAAUUGGUACCCAACCUGGACUCAACCGGAUUUAUUGGUUGACUAUGUGAAAGUUGUAGCUUUGUAA